AAAAUUACUUGUCGGUGUGCCAAGAUCAACCCUCGGAAGUGAGCCAUAAUAUCAUAGGGAAAGGGGUUCGACUUGUUCAAGGGAGUCAUCACUAAUUAGUGAUCAAUGAAUGCAUCAAGAAAAUAAGAAGAGUAGCAAAAAGAAAAAAUAAAAGUUGAGGUGAGAAAGAUCAGGCAUCCCCUGACGCACGUGAGAGUCAUAUGCAAGAGAUGAACACAGUAACUGCAACUCCAUGGAAGCAGCUUCUUCUUCAUGCUCUCGAAGCCAAUUCCCACCUCACGCAUUCUCUUUUUUUCCAACUUGCGUCAGUUGGAGCUAAUGGGAAACCUGCUAAUCGCACUGUAGUUUUCAGGGGAUUUCAAGAUGAAACAGAUAAAAUCCAGAUCAACACUGAUUGUCGUACUCGCAAGAUUGAAGAUCUUAAGCACUGCCCAUUUGCUGAGAUAUGUUGGUAUUUUAUAGACUCUUGGGAGCAGUUCAGAAUAAAUGGAAGAAUUGAUAUUAUUGAUGGGUCAAAUUCUGAUACCAUUAAACUCCAGCAAAGGGAGAAAUCGUGGUUCGCUAGUUCAUUCAAGUCAAGAUUGCAGUAUUUGGGUCCUGAUCCUGGCAUACCCUCCAUAACUGAAGAAGUACCAAAAGAUUUCAGUUUAGAUCCUUCAGCAGGCCCAGUUGAUGCAUUUUGCCUGCUGGUUUUAGAUCCUGAUCAGGUGGAUUACUUGAACUUAAAGACUAACACAAGGUUAACCUAUAGGUGUCACAGGAAUUUGAAUGAAGAGAAAUGCUGGACUCCAGAGAAAAUUAAUCCGUAGUCUCUUCUUUUCUUAUUUUAAGAACAUAAUUGACAGUGAGUCAAUGACAGAUGUAUAUCUGUUGAUCCAAGGCUUAAAUCUUUAGGGGCCCUUCCCUGGAUAUGUAAGCACGGUCAAGGAAAUCUUAGUUAUGUAACAAUUUGAAUCCAAAACUUUCAUUAUUAAUGAAUUAAUAAGUUUUCA